AUGGAUGAAUUGACUCUCACCCCGCAGAAGCUGCGGAAGCUGCAGCAAGUGGUUGAGAUCUCGUGCCUUCCGGAGCAGCUUGCUGUGGCGCUGCUGGUGUCGUCCUGCUGGAGUGUGCAGGUUCGUUUGCUGCUGCUGCUGCUGCUUGUGCUGCUGCUUCUGCUGCUGCUGCUGCUGUUUCUACGGCGUUGA